AUGUCGCAGAAUAUAUUGCUCUUGAUACAUCCAACGGUGGUGACCAGUCCAGGUACGGUAGAUGACGCCAAAAACGCUCUUUCCACGGAGUACCCACAAUCUGUGCUGACGCAGUACGUCAUCGACAGGGUCGCCUCCGGCCAGCAGACACUACCGGCUGACUACUACGAUGUGGUACACUAUCUAGCUCCUCCGGAAGCUGUCCAAAACGAAUUCAACAAGAAAAUCAUGGAAAUGUUGUACUCUUGCUUAAAGGCUAGCGGUAAAUUCACCGGUUUACUUCCUAACAACUCCCAAAUUCUGGCAAUUCAGACAGGCUUUUUAAUAUCUGACGACAACAAGUCAUGGAUGAAGCCAGACCGAGCCAGCUCCAGUGUUGGCAUCAGUGCCGGAGUGAAAGGGGGUGUUUCGCUUCUAAGAAGAACCACUAAAGCCGCAUCCGCCAAUGAUUCCUCUAGCUCCACAUCUUCGUUCUUGCCAAAGUUCAAAAGAUUGAGUAGCCCUCCACCAUUGACAGACACAUCAGUUUCUGAUACAGACUCCGAGAAACUAUUAUCGGAGGAAGAAAAAAGACAAAAAUUGGAGUUUUUGAAUGUGGAGUACGACGACGGGGCCAACGCUAUGGAUGAUGGUGAAGAUGAUGAUAUCCAGAUGCUGGACGACUCAGAACUACUUCUAGAUUCCAUUGGUGCGCCAACAGUGCAGCCUGUACAAUGUACCGUCACAGGAUCGAAGAGAAGAAAAGCCUGUAAGGAUUGCACCUGCGGGCUGAAGGAGAUCGAGGAAGAAGAAGAGGCCAGACAAAAGUCCAUUCAGGACUCGAUGCUGAGCCGUAUGGCGCAGUCUGCAAGCAAGGAAGCCGAAGAAAUUGAGGCUAGGAUUCAACAGCGUGAAAAUGCGGCCAAGAAGUCCCAGAACAAAAACGGCAAGAGUGACGGUGUCAAAAAGACAGUCAUUAGGUUUACAGCAGAUGAUAUGACCGAAAUAGAUUUCACCAUCGAGGGUAAGACUGGUGGAUGCAACUCGUGCUCUUUGGGUGAUGCUUUCAGGUGCGACAGUUGUCCAUUUCUGGGGCUUCCUGCUUUCAAGCCUGGACAGGUUGUUACAAUUGACUCUUUUGGUGAGGACAUUUAA